AUGGAAUACGGGGAUGGCAUCGGUACGAACAUCUGGACUACGAUGGGAAAAGAGAGCGGAUUAGAACCACUAGCCGGUGUCGAUAAUACUAUUUAUAACAGAGUAGAGCGAUUGAAAACCUCUGUCGAAAUUCUACGCAAAGCUUUAGAACGAAGCGAGCAGGGAAACGUUACAUCUGACAUACUUCCUCCCGGUAGUCACAGAGUCGUCGAAUUAGGCGGUAUUAGAAGACGAAUACCCCGCGCAGCUUCCCCAUCAAUCAACGAGCAUGACCUUGGGGCUGGCCAGAUUUCUACUGUCAGUGAAGAGAAUAAUACACUGGACGACGUGUCUGGUAUCUAUCUCUACAGUUACCUUUACGCAGAGGAUCCCCCAAAAGAUGCCAUAAUAUCAACUCCAAAGGAUGCAAACGACUCGCGAACCAGACGGGGCUUUCGUCUUGGUAUCGCACUUAGGGAGCAAUCAGAGCACAAUCGACCGUAUUUAGAUAAUGCGGCUAACAUCCAGCUUCUAUCGACCAGCUCCUGCCAUAUCGGUUCCGGGCCUACAUUUCAUGGAAGAGUCGUCAAUUCUGCCCGAGCGAAUCUUCAUCUUGCCAGUGAAUGGCUUCAUGAGUGUGAAAACGGCCACCAAGGCUUGUGUGAGACAGCUGCUAGAGGUGACAAUGUGGCCCAUGCCCGGACAGCUCCCCACAAUCUCCGUGUCAUCGAUGUGAACUCCAUGUCUCUCGUUUUGCUCCCUCAGCGAUCCAAGUAUGUUGCGUUGAGCUAUUGCUGGGGUCAGUCAAAUCGGCAUUUCAUCACGACAAAUUCGAACUUCGUAGAGCUACAAGCCAAAGGUUCACUCCAGAGGACAUUUCCGCUACUUCCAAGGACAAUUCAAGACGCAAUCAAUUGUGUUCGGGAAAUUGGUAGAGACUUCCUGUGGGUUGAUGCGUUAUGCAUUAUUCAAGAUAACGACAACGAUAGAGAAAUGCAAAUUCUUCAGAUGGACCGAGUAUACGACAACGCAUUACUAACAAUUAUAUCAGCCCCGCCAACCCUCGCUAACUCUACUCCAUACGAUGGCCUGCCGGGUUAUCGUGCGGGCAGUCGAGCUUUCCGCCAAGAUAUAGCGCGUGUUCAAGCGCUUGACCUUUGUACCACAUUCCUGUUGAGGUAG